ACUGCAGACGACAGUAUUUUUUGUUUAACGUUCAUACGGCAGUAUGCGGGUGGAUUUCCGUAACACAAAUAUGCUUUGAAACUUAGCUGGUUUGGUGGAAUUCCGACAGAUAAGUUUAAAAAAUGGAGGCUAGUGCUUUAAAGAAAGUAAGGAAUAAGUUAGUUACUCCAUUGGGAAUACCCCCUCCGUCAUCCAGAAGUUUUGCAAGACCUGGAGGAAUAGGGAAGAAGAAGGAUUAUACUCCUGUUCACUGGAGCCGUUAUUUUACAUCAAGUGAAAAAGUAAUAGUAAAUGAAGAUGGAGACUCAUUUCAAGUUUAUCGUAGAGGCUCCUAUGGUCCCCUACUUGUUCUGCUUCAUGGAGGGGGAUUUUCUGCUCUCAGUUGGGCAUUGUUUGCAGAGUGUAUUGAAGGGUUGGUUUGCUGUCAGGUUCUGGCAAUGGACAUGAGAGGUCAUGGGGAUAGUAAGACAAACAAUGAUGAAAACCUUUCAUCAGAAACUCAAGCUGAUGAUGUUGUAGCAGUAGUCAAGCAUAUCUUUGGAACAGAUCCUCCCCCAAUUGUGCUUGUGGGGCAUAGCAUGGGUGGUGCCAUUGCUGUUCAUGCUGCUGCAACAGAACAGCUUCCAAUGAUUGCCGGCUUGAUUGUGAUAGAUGUUGUUGAAGGAACAGCAAUGGAAGCACUAGCUUCAAUGCAAAGUUUUCUUAGAUCUAGGCCAAAACAUUUUCAGUCUUUAGAACAGGCCAUUGAAUGGAGCGUAAGAAGUGGUCAGAUUAGAAAUGGUGAUUCAGCCAGGGUGUCUAUGCCUGGCCAGUUAACAAGCGAUGCGACGGGACAAUGUGCCACAUGUGAGGUAUCUGCCAUUUCCACUCCUACCGUUUCUUCUCCAGAUGGUUUUACACCACAAUCUACGACUUCGAUGAAACAUGGUGAAUGCAUAAACGAAGAAGACGAACAGGAAAAGACCGAAACGCCUCCUACUUUAUCAACAGAACCCGCAUUUUCCUCUCUCAGCGUCAAAGAUAAAUCCGGUUAUCGCUGGCGCAUUGAUCUGACGAAAACAGAACAUCAGUGGCCUGGAUGGUUCCACAAUCUCUCGACCACUUUUUUAGCUAUCCCUGUUGCCAAGCUUCUGCUUUUGGCCGGUAUAGAUCGACUCGACAAAGAGCUGACCAUUGGGCAAAUGCAAGGCAAGUUCCGGAGACAAACGGCUAUUUCGAAAGUCUCGCACAGUGAAAGCGAUUUUUGUGUUCCUGGUACAAUUACAUGUCUUUGUGUGAACAAUUCUCCCGUAUUUUUUUUAUUUACGAUGGUACGUGUGAUACUACCUGCGGAUGAAAAGGAAGCUGCUAGUGUACAUUAGGUGUCCUUGAGUCGUGGAUGGUUUCCCCUGUUUAAGAAGUUUCAUCUGAUUGGAUAGCUAACAAAAACCCUUGCUGUUGCUAGCACCGCGAAGAAACAAAGACUGAGAAAAAGAAAGCAAAUGAGAAUGGUUAACGAAAACGAAUGAAAAGAGUGUUUGGCGAGUGACUGUCUACAAUUCUGGAGUUUUCAUUAGCUCCAGGUUCAGCCCACCUUGCCACCAGCCUUCAACUGUUGAGGUAUAAAAGCCAACAAGGAAAACAGACAAUCAGCAGUCGCUUUAAGAAUCUUGCCUACAACACAAUACCAAG